AUGCCCACGACGAAACGGUCGAUUUUGUCCGCCAUCGCGCGCCUAUACGAUUCGCUGGGAUGGGUAACGCCCGUCGUUCUCGCCGCGAAGGUAAUUAUUCAAUUGCUGUGGCGACUCAAGGUCUCGUGGGACGAACGCGUUCCCGAUACCAUUCUUCAAAGAUGGCAACUCAUCUACGCCGGUAUCCCGCGUUUAAACGAACUUUACAUUCCGCGAUGGUCCGGGCUCACGUCGACCGCGAGGAUCGAAUUGCACGGCUUCGCCGAUGCAUCUAAUGUUGCUUACGCCGCUGUUGUGUACGCGAGAGUCACUACCGCGUCCGAAAAAAUUGUAAUCACUCUGUUGCAAGGGAAAUCUCGCGUCGCGCCGCUCAAGACUCAGAGUGUUCCUCGCCUAGAGCUGCUAGGAGCAACGCUUCUCGCUCGUCUCCUCGAGUUCGUGCGCUCUGAAUUGAACCUCACUGGUGCCCCGUGCGUGUGCUGGUCCGACUCGACUAUAGUUCUCGCGUGGCUCCGACAGCAUCCGUCAAGAGUCGCGGAGGUGCAGGGCCGGCUGCCGGGCGUCGAGUGGCGGCAUAUUGCGACCGCCGACAAUCCGGCGGAUUGCGCGUCGCGCGGUCUCCUCGGAGGCGAACUUGUGUCUCAUCCCUUGUGGUGGCAAGGGCCGUCGUGGCUCAUGCUUUCGUCGGACCUCUGGCCGACCGACUCAGAGGAGUUGCCUGCCGACGCUCCUCUUGAGACAAAAAAACACUCGCUUCUAAUAAAUCGAACUACCAAGUCGUGGGAUCUCGCGGAGAAAUUCUCGUCAUGGCCUAAGCUCAUUCGCGUAACCGCGUACGUUCUCAAAUUUGUUUCAUGCUGUCGACGAUCCGCCGUUGCAACCGAUUCCGGUCGAGUACCCGGCAUAACGCUUUCCGCGCGUGAAUUCGACGAUUCCCGAUUCUUCUGGCUCAAGCAGACUCAACGCGAACUAUUUGCUAGCGAGCUUCGAGAACUCAGUCAAGGGCGAGGGCUCCCCUCAAGAAGCUCGCUCCUCUCGCUGGGGCCAUUUAUCGACAAUGAAGGGCUGCUGCGGGUUGGCGGACGACUUCAAAACGCGGCCAACGUUUUAACUUCGCGUCACCCGAUCUUGCUCGCUGCGCAUCCGCUCGUUACGUUGAUCAUAAGACACACUCACCUGCGCGCCUUGCACGCGGGGUUGCAGCUCACCUUGAGCACGCUUUGUCGCGAAUAUUGGGUACUUCGCGCUCGAACUAUCGUCAAAUCGAUCAUACAUCGUUGCGUCGCUUGCGCACGCGAGCGCGCCGCCGUGCCGACCCAGCUGAUGGGCAGUUUGCCGAUCACCCGCGUGACUGCUCCGUCUCGCAGUUUUUUGCAUUGCGGCAUCGACUACGCCGGACCCGUCGCAGUGCGCGCUUCUGCCGACCGCGGCAUUAAAUCCAUCAAAGCUUACAUCGCACUAUUUGUAUGCUUAGCGUCUCGCGCUGUCCAUCUCGAACUAGUAUCCGACUACUCGACUGCAGCAUUUCUUAACGCUUUCGCUCGAUUUUGCGCUCGCCGUGGAUUGCCACAAUCUGUGUACUCGGAUAACGGCACGAACUUCGCCGGCGCAAACCGAGAGCUGCACCUAGCAUACCGAACUGCAUUACGCGACCCUGAUCUCCAAGGUCGACUCGCCUCAGAUAAAAUCGACUGGCAUUUCAUCCCGCCCUCCACGCCGCAUUCCGGCGGCAUCUGGGAAGCCGGGGUUAAAAGCGUCAAGCACCAUCUGCGUCGGGUGCUUGGCGAUCACACGCUCUCGUUCGAAGAAUUUUCGACGUUACUGUGUAAAAUCGAAGCGUGUCUAAAUUCGCGUCCGAUCGCCCCGCUCUCAGACACUAUUGACGAUUGCGACAGCCUCACGCCAGUCCAUUUUUUAAUCGGUUCGGCAAUAACCACCCCGCCGGAACCGUCUGUGCUCGACCUGCGCGCGAAUCGGAUCUCAAGGUGGCAACUCCUCCACCAACUAACUGAACGAUUUUGGCGACGGUAUAACGAUUACGUUAACACGUUGAAUCAGAGAG